AUGUACGUACUGGGCAUCGCGAUAGCCUUCUUUUCUGUGGCGGUGGUGGUCGUUGCCCUGCGGCUGUUCACUCGCCUGUAUUUCAUUCACACCCCGGGCUGGGAUGAUCUGUUCAUUGUCCUGUCAUUGAUUGCGGAUAUCUUCUUUUUUGCAUUCCUAGUAGUCGAGGUUCAUUAUGGCCUGGGGAGGGAGGCGGCAACGCUGGACCCUGAGAGGAUUCGAUCCCAGACGAAGGCUCUUUAUAUUACGAUCAUAUUGUAUAACUCGUCACUUAACCUGACCAAGAUAUCUAUGAUUCUACUGUAUAAACGCCUUUUCCCGACCCAUCGCUACCAGAUUAUCCUUCAUAUCACCCUAGCCUGCGUUGUCAUUAGCGGCCUCUGGAUGGUUUUCAGCGCCAUCUUCUUCUGCGUCCCCGUCCAUGCAUUCUGGGACCCCAGCGCCCCGCAGCACUGCCUGCCCAAGUCGGUGGUAUGGAGCCUCAAUGCCUCCAUCCAAAUUGUCAGCGAUUUGAUCAUCGUGGUUUUGCCGAUGCCGGUCCUCACCCAGUUACGGCUCCCGAAAAGACAGAAGACAGCGCUCAUUGUGGUCUUUGCGCUGGGGCUUUUUGUCUGCGCAACUAGCGUGGUUCGUCUCGGUACAGUGAUCGAACUGAUCAAAUCCGAUGACCCUACCAAAGCCAAUGCCCAGGCCGCCCUCUGGUCCUUCAUUGAAAGCAGCGUCGCCAUAAUCAGCGCCUGCCUGCCCCCGCUCCGCCCCCUCCUCGCCUACUUCUUCCCACGCUUACUCCCCCCUCGCCUCCGCAGCUCCUACGAGCGUGAAAAGACCACCUGCCAGACCCUCGAACUUUCCAACCCCUUCAACUUCACCAACACGAGCUACUCUGCCAGUGUUACGGGGAACGUCUCGAGUCAUCAAAACAAUAUCUUCGCCGACGGGGACUCUACCCAUUGUCCUCCCGAGUGCGAGGGUAUUCAUGUGGUUAGCGAGUUGCAUUUGGAGACUGCCUCGAUUGACGCGGUUGAGGAUUAUCAUUCGUAUCAUCUGUCGCCACUGUCGGUGUCGAAUUCGGACCCUGAAUCGCUGGCACGGAAGCCCUCUAAGACCAUGGAGGGCGAUAACUCGGCAGAGGCAACCACCGAUGCUGUGUUUGGCGAGAUCACCGACAGUGGCCCAAACUACCGAAACCUUGGAUGGAUAGGAACAACUGCAUUGAUGAUGAAAACUCAAAUCGGGCUCGGCGUUCUAUCGAUUUCUGCAGCUUUCGAUGUUCUUGGUCUGAUUCCAGGAGUCAUCUGCCUCUUAACAGUGGCCGUGAUUACAACGUGGUCAAACUGGAUUGUUGGCUUUUUUAAACUACGCCAUCGCCAGGUCUAUGGGAUUGACGAUGCAGGUGCUCUGAUGUUUGGACGUAUUGGACGCGAAGUGUUUAGUACUGCAUUCUGCCUCUGUAAGCAACAAGAGCUUCCGGAGAUCUCAUCACGGCGAACUAAUGGGGAUGGUUUCUUAGACUGGAUAUUCGUUGCUGGCUCUGGCAUGUUGAGUACUUCCAUUGGUCUCAACGCGAUCUCGUCCCAUGGAACCUGCACCACUGUAUUUGUUGCUAUCGCUGCAUUGACCGGAUUUAUUUUCAGCAGUGUCCGCACGCUGGGCAAGAUUAGCUGGAUCGCUUGGUUUGGGCUAAGUAGCGUCACAGUAAUCACCGUCACCAUCGCCGUUGGAAUACAAGACCGCCCCGCGGCCGCUCCAGCAACUUCUCCAAGCCCAUGGCACUCAGACUACAAGACCACCAGUAAACCUCCAUUCUAUAAGACCGUUUCCGCAGUCUCGUCUCUUGUCUUCGCGUACAUCGAUACUGGAACCUUUCUCCCUAUUGCAGCCGAGAUGCGAGAACCCCGUCAUUACACUCGAUCCUUACUCAUCUGCCAAGGUGUAAUCACUGCUACGUAUCUGGCCAUUGGGAUCGUGGUCUAUUAUUACUGCGGCUCAUAUGUCGCGUCCCCGGCAUUAGGAUCGGCGGGUUCUCUGAUGAAGAAGGUUUGCUACGGCCUGGGUCUUCCGGGGCUCAUAGUGAGCACGUUCAAUAAUCAUACUAGGAAUGAUCCGUCAUAUUGA